GGGGCGCCAGUGAAAGAGAAGAAGUGACGGAAAAGAACAUUCAUCCUGGUGCUACCUGUGUAUGCAUCCACAGUUAUUCAGCUGGAAGUCCCGGCCAUCUUCCUCUUAAUAGUGGAGAUUAUGUUGAAGUGGUAGGAAUUUCCGACUGUGGAUUGUUGGAAGGGCGGCUGGUCAAUGGACAAGAAGGCUUUUUUCCUUCUUCCUGUGUGCGAGAAGUUAAGCCAAGGACGGAGGACGUUAGAAGGGGACAUUUUCGUAGUCACCGAGUUUUACCUCUCAGAAGGGUUAACUCCAUGCCUAAAACGUGGAAAAAUGAAUAGAUCCCCACGUACAGUGGUUCUUCAUAAGGGCAAAAAAGGUUUUGGUUUCGUCCUCCGCGGAGCUAAAGGUAACUCAUGUGUAUUUAACUUAUUUACAAAGGUCCAGUCUUUUAUUGGGGGUUGGGGGUAUUUCACUUAAAUAUUGCUAAGACUAAGUGCAGAAAUAGAGCAAUAAUGAAAC